GAACUUAAAAAAUAAAACGAUCAAAGCUUGACAUGGUUUCGCAUAAGAAAAAAAAAUAACAACAAUGUAAUCUUAAUGUUUUAAAUGAAUGUGAAUUAUAUAGAAGCCUUUGCGUACUCGUAUUUAAAAUAUUUAAUUAAUGUGAAGAGUACUCAACCAAAAAUAUUCUGAUGUGAAAUUUAUAUAAAUUUUAGGUUGUUUGAAAGAAAAUGAGCACUUCACAUCAUGGCAACUUCUUCUUUCUUUUCCGAAAUAGCUCAUUGGCUAAUGAGACUUUGGAUACGAAUCAAGGUCAGCAGAUGGCUAAUAUAGAGGCAACUAUGAAAAUUGCGCAAGUAGUUUUUCUCAUAAUUGCACUUAUUGGAAUAUUUGAAAAUUUGAUAUCGAUACUUGCUCUAAGAAGAUCGAAAGAGCUUCGAAAUCCAACAACUGCAUUUAUCGUGAAUCUGUGCGUUGCUGAUUUGAUUUAUUGCCUGUUGACGGUAAUGAACUAUAUAAAGCAUGAGUGGAACAAAAACUACUAUUUUUGUCGUUGGAGUACAAUGGGGAAAUAUUUCACAGGUGUAGAAUCAGUUAAUCUAAUGGUAGCAAUCACCAUCAAUAGGUACAUCUGUGUAGUUUAUCCAAUAUUAUACCGCACCGUGUACAGUCCAAAAUAUCUAGCUUUACAGAUAGCUUUUACCUGGAUUUAUUCCCUAAUUCUAUCACUAAUUCCAUUCUUUGAAGUUUUGGGAAGAUAUGGUUAUGAUCCUAGCAUAGGACUUUGCAUUAUUCUGGGACAAAAUGCAAAAAUUGCCAAUAAUGUUUUUAUUAUAACUGCAUUUGCGUCUCCAACACUAGCAUUUGUAAUUUGCUAUCCAAGAAUAUUUUGGGUAACACACAAGGUUUCGAAAAGAGCUCGAAAAUGCAACAUUUCAGCAACUCCAUCACAAUUCCCUCACUGCAAAGGAGCUAGAAAAUCCAAUAUUUCAGCAAACAAGAUUAGCAAAGUGUCAAAUUCUACUACAACUCCAUCAGUGCUAAAUGCGACUUCAGAGGAAAGUGAUCUCAGAGGAAAAAAGACAUCACAUCAUUUAGAUGAUAAGGAAUCGAAACUUCUAAAAGUUAUGUUGGUGAUCGUUCUGGCGUUUAUAAUUUGUUAUUUUCCAAGCACAUUUGUUAAAAUAUAUGACAGGGAAGCAGAGAUGCCACUUUUUUCACUUUUCUCUCAUUUCACUGUUAAUCUAUCAAAUGUAAUUAAUCCUAUUAUAUAUAUUGCAAUGAGUGCUGAAUUUAGAAAAGCAUAUUUAGAAUUAUUACUGUGUAGAAAAAUCCGGUAUGUAAUGUCAACCACAUCAAAUACUGAAUCAACCAGAACAGUUGAAAAAUGAUCAGUGCUUCAUAAAAAGUGCUUAAUCUCUUUACGGUAAAAAGUCAUGCUCAUCAAAGCACCAUCUUUGCAAUAUUCAUAAUUUUUCUUGAAGUUUUGCAAUGUGUCGCAUGCUAUAGUCUAUGCUACUUUGGGGAAGUUUUAACAACACUCAAAUACAAUUGCAGUACACCUUCUAAGUAAUACUGCAUAUGCCAAAGUAACCAAUGUCAGGUCAUAUAGUGAUGACGAACAAUAAUUUAAAGUCUUUACGGGAUGAUGCGUUAUCUAUAUCAUGCACAAAUAAAAAGUAUUGGAGAGAAAAAAAGAAAAAUCUACACCUUUAUUCUGCCAAAAAAAAUAUCGUACAAUUUACAGUUUUUCUUCUUCUUUUUUUUUGCAUUCCUAGGCAAUGUGUUUGAGAACAAUAUUCAAAUAAAAAUUUUUUGUAGUAA